AUGCCGCACCCGGCGGAACGAAGAGCGAUAGAGCUGCGUUACCUGGUGGACGAGGAACAAUAUCGGGACAACUGCGACUCCGAAGUCCGCAUUUUCACGGAUGGCAGCAAGAUAGAGGGAAAGGUCGGAGCCGCACUAUCCAUAUGGACUGGUGCAGCAGAGACGAAAACCCGAAAGCUUGCUUUGCCAUCCUACUGCACCGUCUACCAGGCGGAGCUUCUCGCUCUCUGCGAAGCCACUCGGGAAGCCCUGAAGCGUAGUGAAACCAGUUUUGCCAUUUAUUGUGACUCUAUGGCAGCCCUCCUCACAGUCGUGAACCCCGGAGCCCUCCACCCACUUGCCGUGGAAACAAGAGACGCCAUUCACUGCUGUAGCAUCCAGAACAAGAGCGUCUCCUUGUUCUGGAUAAAAGCUCACGCGGGGUUGGAGGGUAACGAGAGAGCCGACUCGCUUGCAAAGGAGGCUGCCCUAAAGUCCAAACGCAAGCCGGACUACGAUAUGUACCCGGUAUCAUUCGUCAAGCGCUCUAUCCGAAUGGAUACGCUAGACGAGUGGAACCGGAGAUACAGCACGGGGCACACAGCGUCCACCACCAAGCUGUUUUUCCCGAGUGCGGUUGGAGCGUACAGGACGAUACGCAGGCUGGGCAUCACCAAGGAGCUGACCCAGGCUCUAACGGGGCACGGUGGGUUCUCUGAGUAUUUGACCCGCUUCAAAUGCAAAGACAACCCAGCGUGUGCCUGCGACGCUGACACUGGAGAAACUGUUCCCCACAUAUUGUUGCACUGUCCUGUUCACGACCGAGACCGUUUUAAUCUGGAACAGCUUACAGGUUAUAAAAUGGAAGUAGGCAAUUUAGAACACAUAAUUAGUGACAAGAAAUACUGUGAACCAUUUGUCAACUAUGUAAUAAAAAUUGUUAGAAUAGUAAACAAUAGAAAUAGUUAA